AUGGGCUGCAUUUCCUCAAAAGUAGUAUCGCGGUCGAUUAGCUACAGAGAAGAGCUCAAUCGGAGCUCGCAGAGUACGGGAAAAUCCAUACUGGCGCUGGAAGAUAUGUUCAGCUCUAACAAGGGAAGCGACCAAUUCCUCGCGCUUGUUUGUACUGCUAACACGGUAGCCAACCGGCUCCGGAGCGGAAGUAUCAAUUCAGAGUCAAAAGCAAGCCCCAGAUCAACCGAAGCUACUUUCGAGAUUGAUAGAAACUGUGAUUGCUCAGCAGUUUCAGAAGAAGGAACAGAAGGAAAUCGCGCAAAGCCUGCAAAUUCUCAGCUCAUCCAUGAAGAUUCAGAAUCCUAUAGUAUUGAACCUCCCAAACGGUCCCGAAGUUGGCAUUCAUUUUUUGAAGAAGAAAUGCCUUCAGCUAAUGCUGAGAACCAUGGCAAAAGUAGAGAUGGAUCCGAGUGGGAGUACAAAGGCAUAGGGCGGUCAAGAAGCUUUCAUACGGUUGAGGAAUAUGAUGCAUUGCUGGCUAGAAUUUUGUCAACAAGCUCUUCUCAUGAUGAUAAUGUCGCAGAGAACCAAGAGAAAAUACCAUACCCUGAAUCUUCAAUGCACAGCGCUCAGAACAAGUACAACAUCAAGACAGUGGAUAGAACACCACAAAAAGAUGAUGUUUUUGUAAAUGAUGAAGCUGUAAAAGAUGACUUGAUCACAUUAUUGGCUUCAGGAUCAGAAACCAAAGAACUGAUCCCAAGUUCACUGGAGCCCUGCACAAGCAAUGAGUUAAUUGCCAAAGAUGAUGUUGCUCAAGAAGAAAGAUGCAUGGUAAACAGGCGAUUCAAGAGAAAGGCCAUUGCAAGAGGACUUGAAUCACUUGCAAUCCCGACCAUGAUUGAAUUCCCAGCAGUUGCAAGCUUAAGGGAAUGGCUUCCUGCCGGAGGGCAAGUCUACUCUCCUGGAGCCUACACAACUCCUAAGUUCGGCACCUAUUCUUUACCGGAGUCCAAGAAUCUAUGCGAGGCCACCGAGGACAACAUCUUCACCAAGGAAUUGGUGACCGCCUUUGAGGAGCACAUGCAAGAACUAGAAGCAGAAGAAGAAACUAUUCUCAAACAAAUUGCAGAGAAAUGGGAAUGGGAAGGUGCAAAGGAAAAUCUAGAUGAAGUUGCUGCAACCUAGGUAGGAUGAUCUUUUGUGUGGGUUCGGAUAUUGAGCAAAGUGCAUGGUCCAGUCUGAGGAGAACUUAGGAUUCGUCUCUCAGAAAUUAGUGCCCUGGGAUUGUAAGAUACAAUGAAGUGAGAAAUAUAUCUGAAAAUGAAAAAAGGACUGUAAGCACACUCAUGCUGCUGGUCAAAAGCACUGUUUCUCCGUCCAACUGCAGCUAUAGUCCAUGAACAUGAACGUU